ACGGAUCAAACCCAAUCGAGCUUGAGAAGCAAACAAAGAAGCAAUUUUCUGCUCGGCGGAAGCACAACUGAUAAGAACAUCAAUUGGCAUUAAAUAGUACUAAUAAUAUAGUAAGAAUUUAUAAGGUCAAGAAGAUUACGUUCCGUCUAAAAAUUCUAAGCCGCGUGUGAAGUCUUACUUUGAACAUUCGAUCUGGAAUUUCCAGCUAGAAGGUCGCAAGAUUUUUCCUGAUCUUUCUUCUUCUCCUUUCCACAAAGCUUCAUUUCCCUGUGGCGUAAGGUUUGCUAUUGACUCUGAGCAAAGACAUAAGAGACUUUAUUGCUUGAACUCGAAUUUUUAAGAUUGGGUCUCGACAAAAUCUUGAGAUAUCGUUAGGGAUUCCAUCGGAUUCUCCAAAAUCCGGACAUUGUUCGGGGGAUUUCGGUCGUCUUUCAGUAGAUUUUUCCGGGUCUAUCGAGGUUAGGUAUGCAGAGUCAGCUUGUUUGUAACGGGUGUAGGAACCUUCUUCUUUUUCCGAGAGGAGCUACGAAUGUCCGUUGUGCAAUAUGCAGUACAGUUACCCCUGUCCCACCUCCAGGGAUGGAAAUGGCUCAGCUGGUAUGUGGAGGUUGCAGGACAUUGUUGAUGUAUACUCGUGGGGCAUCAAGUGUGAGAUGCUCAUGCUGCCACACAGUUAAUCCUGCAAGACCAGCAUCUAGCAAUGUUGCCCAUGUGAACUGCGGCCAGUGCCAUACAUUGCUCAUGUAUCCAUGUGGAGCUCUGUCAGUCAAAUGUGCAGUCUGUCAAUAUGUUACAAACAUUGGGACGGGUAGCAUGAGAGUGCCAAUCCCUGUGCAGAGACCGAAUGGGGCCAGCAUGCCCUCGACUUCAACAUUAAUGCCACAUUCUCAUGGCCAUACUGUUGUUGUUGAGAAUCCUAUGUCCAUGGAUGAAAGUGGGAAUCUGGUGAGCAAUGUUGUCGUUGGAGUCACCACUGAUAAAAAUAAAUAAUUGGAUUCUGGUGGCCAAAUUCCAACUGUAAGUACCAAUUCAUGUGACGUUCAAGAUGCUGGAGCUCGAUGUCAAGAAACUUUUCAAAUGUUGUCUUCAUAGAAAAAUUGAAUACUGUCAGUGAUAUAUGUAAAAAAUGCAGAGGAAUGAGUGUUAUUGUCCAUCUGACCUGUGACCUUUGUUGAAACUGUGUUUUGUAAAAAAUUCAUAUCUGACUAUGUUAAUAUAUACUUAAAACAUUAUUUUAUUUUUUCCCUAA